AUGGCAAGCACUUCUAAGGCGAUCAGCAACUCGGCCCAUCAGCAAGGGCAAACGUGCAUCGCGUUUUCGCGUGAUGGGAAGAUUGCAUACACGGGAGGCUUAGAUACCCUGGUACGAAUAUGGCACACUGACCAAGGGGAGGACCAAGAACCAGAAGCAGCGUAUGAAGCUGAUGAGGGUAUCACGGCGGUCGCCGCUGCUGAAGGCUGCUGGCUCUCUGGAGGCCAUGACUCUGACGUGCGAAAGUACAUUCCUGGAAAGGCACAGUUCGAUGGACUUGUGACGAGCGCUGCUGGAGCAUCAAUCAGGUGUUUAGCAGUGGAUCCCUCUGGCAAGCGCGUUGCUGUUGCUUCUGACGAACUCUCGGUGAAAAUCGUUGAUUUGGAUGAAAUAACGAAUGUGGUGGUACUAGAAGGGGGACAUAAGAAACGUAUACGAAAGACGACGUGGCAUCCAUCGGGCUCCAUUUUGACAACAAGUAGCUCAGAUGGGACCAUAGUGGCAUGGAAUAUAUCCGAUACUGAAGCCAAGGUGGAGAACGUUAUUGAUGGCGUAAUACCCGAAGUGGUAGAUCCGGAGUCUCCGGAAUUCAUGCAUGAUUGUUCUGCCGUUUGGCACCAGUCAGGACAGUAUUUCUUUGCAGCGUCACGAACGCACGAAAUUGUCGCUAUUUCGCGGAGUACAUGGACUAAAACUUCAUCUCUGUCUGAUCCAAAUACCGUCGGCGCAACGACAGCACUAGCGCUUUCAGCCAAUGGCGUAUACCUUGCCAGUGCUUGCAAACAAGAGAUAUUAGUCUGGAGUGUGCAGACAAAACGGGUACUUUGGAAGCACCCAGGCACCCCAAAUGCAUUUACCAUUCAAAUUGCUUUCUCACCUACAGAAAACCUCUUGGCAUGGACAGAUACAGAAGGUGUUCUCUCUCGGUGGCGGGAUGCAAUUCCAGCAGGCUCACCUGAUCCCGUGCGCCAAACGGCUGCAAGCAGCGCUCAAGGGACGACGACAAAGCGAAAGUCCACUCCCCCCUUGUGGGGCGAAGAACCUGCCGCUGAUGCGGAGGGCGGUGACUCAUAUGGCGACGACUGGAUCAUUGACGACCUUGGUGAUGGGAUGGAAGACGAGCCUGAAGGUGCAAAAGCGAUGCGCGCAGGUGGCGGAUUCGUGAAGGAGAUGGUGAGUAUCACGAAGGCUCAACCUGCUUUCCAACCAGGGUCAACGCCUAUGGAAAAUAAAAAGCGUUACCUCGCAUACAAUAUGGUUGGUGUCAUUGAGGUAACGGACCAGGAUACUCAUCACAUCGUCAAUGUCGAAUUCCACGACCGAUCAGCCCGCAAGGGGUACCACUUUACCGAUCACUUCAAAUAUGACCUUGGCUCUCUUGGUGAACGAGGUGCACUCUUUGCUUGUCCUCCUGAGCUUGAUCACUCGGCACAAGUCAUAUAUAAACCUUACGGCACUUGGUCCACGCAAGGGGAUUGGACAUACGCCCUCCCAAAGGGUCAGCGUGUCCUUGGCCUCGCGGCAGGUGGCGAGAGGCCAAUGCGGUCACUGAGAGAUCCUUCGUCGUCUGGAGGUGAUAUUCAGGGACAAGGGAAUAUCGUGAUCGCAACCAGUUCGGGAGACCUGACGUUCUUGAGCGGCUCUGGUAUGGAAAGAAUUGUCCUCGGCGUGGAAGGUGAAUAUGUGACAAUGGCUGCUGCCGAGGAAUAUGUACUUGUGGUGCACCGACCUGGUGCGACCACCAUUGAUGGAUCCCAAAGUUUGGUCGCCACGCUGAUUUCUUUUGAAGACUUUCAAGUUCUUCAAGAGAAGCCAUUACCAAUACCCAAAGGUCACACUCUGAGGUGGAUCGGAACUACAGAUGAGGGGGCCCCAGCAAUAUACGAUUCUGCCGGCUACAUACACCUUAUGAUUCAUCACCGGCGCCCGAAUCGUGCGGCGUGGGCACGUCUCAUGGACACCAACUUACUGGAGCGCAAGCAGGGCAAGGAUGAGUCGUAUUGGCCUGUCGGCCUGAGUCAAGACACGUUCAUGUGUCUGAUUCUCAAAGGUCGUCAAGAGCACCCUGGCUUCCCCCGACCUCUUAUACAAGAGCUUCCCGUCCGCUUACCAUUCCGCAAUCAAGACCCCGUAGAUUCACCUAUUGAAGAGCGCAUUGCUCGGGAGCGAAUUCACGUUAACCUUGCUCGUGAUGCUCUUGGUGACGAAAUAACGUCUCCCGACAUCGAUAAACGCGAAGUUGAACUAGACAAACAACUGCUCAAGCUCAUCCAAGCUUCCUGCAAGGCGGACAAGGCACCGCGUGUGAUUGAGCUCGUCAAACGGUUACAUUUUCCAAACUCAAUUGCAGCUGCAAGUCAACUUGCAGGAUUCUACCGCCUCAUUGGAUUGCAGGAGAAGAUAGAAGCAAUUAAAUCGUGGCGGGAACAGAACGCAACACCGGCAGAAGAGGCGAGGGAGGCGAGACAGGGAUUUGCCUAUGAGGAUGCUCCGUUAGCUCGACCAAAGCCUUUCCAGAACUUCAAUCCGCCACCCAAGGUCGACAGACCUGGUCUGACACGAUCUGCUGGGAUCGUCGAGCAAACGGAGUUCACUGCGUCUAAUAUCGCGAUCAGAGCGAGUCGCUCGCGAGCGCCACAGGCUUCUGCUUCUCGAUCAACGUCUCCCGAGGGAAAGAGGAAACGUGACGACAAUGAUGACGACCUCUCAUCUAACGCGUUCGACGGCGAGGUAAAGAGGCGAGCCGUUGGCGAGUCUGAUGCCGUGGUGCCGUCACCCAAGCCUAGUGCGUGCAUAGCUAUUCAACCCGGGCGCGCGUAA